GUAAAGUGGAAGCAGCACUGGACCUCAUACUGAUCAAUUCAUUCCCUCUGGUGGGGAAUUCCGAGACGUCACUUACAUGUAUCACCUCCAAAUGGCGUUCCCGUGAGUCUAUCACAAUAGAGAGAGACCAGGAGGAUGUGGCAAACCAGCACCGGGAACCACUGGAAGUUAAUGAAGAUUCGAAGAGAGCAGCAGCCAAAACAGUGGUGUGGAAGAGGGAACAGGCCAGUGAAACUAUUGGAGCAUAUUACUGUGAAGGGAAACUCAAGGAUGAGGUGACAAGGAUACAUACUAUGAAGAUGCCACUGGGAGCCUCAUUUCACCCAGUGGCAUUAACUGUUACAGCAAAUAAAGGAGAACAUGUGAAUAUUUCCUUCAUCAGAAUGGCAGCAAAAGAGGAAGAUGCAGUGAUCUACAAGAAUGGUUCCUUCAUCCACUCUGUGCCCAGGCAUGAAGUGCCAGGGGAGCUGGAAGUCUCGUAUGCUCAAGUUCAACCACAGGAUGCAGGGGUUUACUCUGCCAGAUAUAUAGGAGGAAAUCUCUUUACUUCUGCUUACACAAGGCUUAUUGUAAGACGGUGUGAAGCUCAGAAAUGGGGCCCUUCCUGUAGCUCCCACUGCCCUUCCUGCACGAACAAUGGUAUUUGUCAUGAAGAUACUGGGGAAUGCAUCUGUCCUCCAGGUUUUAUGGGGAAAACAUGUGAGAAAGCUUGUGGAGCCAAUACAUUUGGCAAAACUUGUGAAGAGAGCUGUAAAGAAAAUUACGGUUGCAGAAACUAUAUGUUCUGUCUACCAGAUCCAUAUGGUUGUUCUUGUGCCACAGGAUGGAUGGGACUGGAAUGUGAUAAAGAAUGCAAACCUGGUUUUUAUGGGUCAGAUUGCAAACUCAAAUGUAAUUGUCACAAUCGAGGGACAUGCGACAGAUUUAAGGGCUGCAUCUGCUCCUUUGGAUGGCAUGGUCUGCAGUGUGAAAAAGAAGGUAAAGCAAGGUAACAUGAUCUUUCACCUCAGAUAGAAAACUUACUAGAUCCUGUUGAACUCAAUUCUGGCGUCGAGUUCAAGCCAUUUUGUAUAGCAACAGGGAUGCCACUUCCUAAAUCUGAGGAAUUCAAACUUUUGAAGCAAGAUGGAACUGUCCUAAGGCCUGCCCUGCUUGUUACCAGUAAUCGCUCCGAAGCUAUGUUUACCAUUAAUCGAAUCCA